AUGGCAACUAGAGUAGAAAAAAAACCACUGUGUUUAUCACCCACAACGCGAGUCUCCAAUGUAACAGUAACUGCCAGCAGCACAGACCUGGUGGAGUUCAGCUCUGUCAGUCUGUUCUGCUCCUCCUCUGGAUCCUCCCUCUCUUUCCUCUGGCUGAACGGCAGCUCUGAGGUUACAGCCAGUGACAGAGUUCAGCUCACUGAUGGGAACACCACUCUCACUAUAGUCAGUGUGACCCGCUAUGACCAGGGACCAUUCAGGUGUCAUGUGUUCAAUCUCUUCAGUAAUGACACCAGUGCUCCAGUAAACCUCUCCAUCAGCUUUGGCCCAGAAAAUAUCCAUUUGACAAAAUCCCCGUCACAGGAUUACUAUGUGGAAGGGUCAGACAUCAGCCUGAUGUGCUCAGCUGUCUCCAGACCCGCUGCACUGUUUAACUGGUUCCUGAAUAGAGUCCCGCUUUCUGAUACUGGACCAGAGCUCAGACUUAUAAACAUUAAGGAGGAUCAGAGUGGGAACUACAGUUGUCAGGCCUUUAACAACAAAACUAUGAGAAAUGAAACAUCUCAACCUUCCAUCAUCUCUGUCCUAACGCGAGUCUCCAAUGUAACAGUAACUGCCAGCAGCACAGACCUUGUGGGGUUCAGCUCUGUCAGUCUGUUCUGCUCCUCCUCUGGAUCCUCCCUCUCUUUCCUCUGGCUGAACGGCAGCUCUGAGGUUUCAGCCAGUGGCAGAGUUCAGCUCACUGAUGGGAACACCACUCUCACUAUAGUCAGUGUGACCCGCUAUGACCAGGGACCAUUCAGGUGUCAUGUGUUCAAUUCCUUCAGUAAUGGCACCAGUGCUCCAAUAAACCUUUCCAUAAGCUAUGGCCCAGAAAAUAUUAAACUGACAAUAUCUCCGUCACAAAAGUACUAUGUGGAAGGGUCAAACAUCAGCCUGAUGUGCUCAGCUGUCUCCAAACCUUCUGCCCUGUUUCAGUGGUUUCUGAAUGGAGGCCUGUUGUCUGAUACAGAAUCAGACCUCAGGCUUAUAAACAUUCAGGAAAGUCAGAGUGGGAACUACAGCUGUCAGGCUUUUAACAACAAAACUCUGAGUAAUCAAACGUCCCAGCCCUCAGUUGUCUCUGUGCUGGAGCCAAUAGUGAAUGCCUCUGUCACAUCAUCAACAAACCAGCCAGUUGAGGGAAACUCUGUCAACUUAACCUGUGAGGCUGCUGGCUCGGUCUUUGCCAUAAAGUGGAUGAAGGAUGGUGCAGAUCUGAUCCAGACUGACAGAGUGCUGUCUUUUCAGUCUCUAAAGAAAACAGACAGUGGAAAUUAUUCCUGUAACAUCAGCAACCCUCUCAGCAGUGUUACAGCUGAAUACAUCAUGGUUGUUAACUAUGGACCAGAAAAUGUUCAAAUCAAAGGUCCAAGUACAAUAAGUUUGAACGAGACCUUAACAUUAACCUGCUCGGCUGAGUGCACACCAACUGCUAAUUACACCUGGAAACUGAAUGAGACGAAGAUACUCAACAAUUCUGCCGUGUUGACUAAACACAUCACUGAUCUUUCUGACAGUGGAAAGUACACCUGUGAAGCGAUGAAUAGAAUAACUGAGAAAACAUCAUCUGCAGUACAUGGACUGACUGUAACACAGUUCCCGACAGUCCAACCACCUUCAAGUUGUUCAACUGGUUGCAUCGUUGGAAUAGUAAUCGCUUGUUGUGUCGUGAUUGUAGUUUGUAUUCUUCUGGUUCUUCUUUAUAUAAAAAAAAAGAAAAAAUCCCCUAAUAGAGACACCGGUACCAGAACAGCAGGUGAAGGCCAGAACAACGCAGCGUACUCAGGAAGUCAGGAGCUGAACUAUGCAGACAUCAGGUUUUUCCAGAACAAGAAUGGUGGGAUAGUCCAUCUGGGGUCACAGAAUAACACAUCAGAAUACGCUGAGGUCAGAGUGAACAACGGGCUUCCUGCAGCAUCCUCCCCUCCUACCUAUGAUGCCCACAUGCAGCGAAGGACAGCUCCUGCUCCUUAGUGUAGUGCUAAUGGUGCAGAAACUUAUGCCCAGGUCCGCAAGAACUGAUCACAUUGGAUGCAAUGGAUCAGCCAGUCACGUUAGAGAAGGCCAGACGUAGCUAAUGUGUUGUCAGAGUAACCCUCACCUCCCUCUCAGUUGUUUAUGGAGGACUAAUCUGGACUUGAGUUUACCAAGGCAAAGGACUUGAGUUAGUUAAUAAUCAACCACCUCUGACAGUUACUGCCAUGACUGAGGUCAGAAGGAACGAUGUUGCCCCAUUCGUUUGCACUUUACAAUAUAUAAUAGCCUUCAUUUCCUUUUUUUCACCAUUUUGUGUACAGUCGAUGCAAACAUCAGUUAUGUGAAAAUAUUAAUUUUGUUCAGUUGAUUCAGUUGUUUGGUUGAGAAUAAUGUUUGACACUGGUCUGCUGUAAUAUUUGACUCCACAUGUAUACUGUGUGAUUGCAGAUGAGAUUCCAGUUUGCAGCUUGUCGGUUAAGAACGAAUUCUUAUAUUUAUUAUUACAUCUAAAAAAAUGAUGUUUUUUUUGUUUUAUUUUAAAUGCAGUUAAACCAGUGAAUGUAAUAAUAUAGAGUACAUUUCAGUAAUAUCAGUCAGGACAUGGAUACUCCUUGACAUCGAUGGAGUUUGUUAAUUUGUCGUUCAGAAAGAUUUUCGUUAUUAAUAUUUAAGUAAUUAUUACAGACUAAUUUAAUUCCAUAAUGAUAGUUAAACUUAAGUUAAACUUUAUUUAUUAUCUUUAUCAUUAUCCCACCAACAGAGGGUCUACAGCCACAAUAAUCCAAAACACUACCAUGCAGAAAUAAGCACUAGCAAGGUAUAUCUCUGCACUCAGAGAAGAAACAAUGGUUUAUAACCAAAGUUAAAAGGAUCUCCAUGAGACGUCCAUUGGUUAUUUUUAUGGAUAUUUCAGGAGCAAUAUACAUCUUGAUGCUUAAAGUCUGUCGAGCAGGAAUGCGGAAACUGUGUCCUGCUUCAGGACAAGUUUACUGUAAAUGUCAGUAAAAGCUGACGUGAUAAAAUGAUAAGCUUCUUUCUCGGUCAGUUUAUCUAAAGGCCACAAAACAACAGGGAACUAAUGUGCGAGUAGAAAAGAGCAGCUAGUUUACAUAGCACAUACAAUUGUUGUAUUGUAAUUAUUAUACAAAUUGAACUACACUGUAUUUCUAAGGCAUUCAGUACAGUAUGUUUGUACUGGCAUUUAAAGAUAAAGAUUUCAUUUGUUAAAGGACAACUUAUGAUGAGACAGCUAUCAAAUGCAACAAAAAUGCAUUUGGGUUUAGUUUAAAUUCAAAUUUUGAUUUCAAUAAAUGGAGCCAUAUACUGUUUGCAAUGCUAUGCUCCAUACCAUUUCCAAAACAAAUCAUUUGCUGACUGGCAAUAUUGUAUCCUAGCAGGUGUUGAUGUGGAUGUAGAUUUAAUAGAUGGAUAUAGAUGGAAUGAAUAAAUUGUAUCACCUAAACAACAAAUACAGGUUAGAGUGGUGUGCAAAGCACCUUUUCAGUUGUACAGGUAAUAUCAGGGAACAUGCAGACAGGUGUAUGUUAAGGACGAGGCUUCAGUUAAAGGCAGAAAGUCGUGACUGCAGCCAGGCUCCACAUUAACCCCAUCAGAUCAGUGCCUCCUGCUUUAUUUGACUGUGUUGUUUGACUAGCAAUGUAGUAAUCGACUGCUGAUAAAUUCUAUCCACAAAGAUCAUGGUUUAGUCUGGCGCUGUAUUGAAGCAGACUGUAUACACUAUUUCUGUUUGGGUUAUUGUUGACUCUCUGUAUAAAAUAAUGAUUUGCUUUUAGCUCAGAACACAUGAGACUCAGAAAAGGCUGUCUACCAGCUCCAGCUCUCGAAUCUGAGCGUCCAGGUUUUCCAUCCCCCAUUAGUUACUCAUUACUAAAGAUCAAACUCCCUGUGAGUGAUUCACACAGCUGAAGAAUGUGUGAUAAAUGUUUGACCGGUUUGCCUUUUAGCCAAAGAAAGAAUGCAGUGAAUGUAAUCCUCAGGUUGCAGGUGUUGAAUUUGUGAUGAUUUGAUUGCUUAUUCAGAAGAAUAAACUAUUUUUUCAGUUA